GGAAGUCCCCGCCGUCUCGGACGUUGCAGCUAGCUUGAUGCUAAGUGUGUGAAAAGCACACGAUCGCUCUCUGAAGGACGGAAAGAAGCACAGUGGCCGCCCGGGACACUUUUCCAUCUUUUUCCCCCACCGCCUCGGCGCGUCAAGCUUCCGACAGCAGAUUCUUGGGCAAACGGUAAAAAGCCUUUGGCCAUGUCAGGACAGAGGAAAGGAGCUGCAGCACGCCUGCCGAAAUGUGCCUUCUGCAGAACCAACCGGGACAAGGAGUGCGGCCAGUUGCUGGUUUCUGACAGCCAGAAGGUGGCAGCCCACCACAAGUGCAUGCUGUUCUCCUCUGCCCUGGUCACGUCUCACUCGGACAGCGACAACAUCGGAGGAUUUUCCGUUGAGGAUGUAAAGAAAGAGAUCAAGAGGGGAAAUAAAUUGAUGUGCUCCUCGUGUCACCGACCUGGUGCCACUAUCGGCUGCGAUGUGAAGACGUGCCGGAGGACGUAUCACUACUACUGCGCCGUGAAGGACAAAGCCCAAGUCAAAGAGAAUCCUUCACAAGGGAUUUAUCUUCUUUACUGCCGCAAACACCGAGAUGCUUCUCUGGAGGGCAUUGAAGACGAAGAGGGAGGGGUGGCCAAUGAUUCCGACUCAUCGCCGCCACAGAGCAGGGGCAGAGGACGGUUUGAGAAGGUGAGAGCCAGGGCCGGAUCUCGCGGCCAAUCAGAAGACACCCGCUCCACCUCCUCACAGGCCGCAGACGAGGAGAGCUCCUCCCACCGGGAUAGGUCACCUCUUCGGGCCAGCCCAGGCGAUGGCGGCCAGCGAUGUGGCUUUUGUCAUGCCGGCGAGGAAGAAAAUGAAACGAGGGGCAUGCUUCACACCGACAACUCCAAAAAAGUGGCUGCACACUACAAGUGCAUGCUUUUUUCAUCGGGGACAGUCCAGCUGACCACCACGUCGCGGGCCGAGUUUGGAAACUUUGACGUGAAAACAGUCAUCCAGGAAAUCAAGAGAGGCAAAAGAAUGAAAUGCACUCUCUGCACUCAGCUGGGUGCAACCAUCGGCUGUGAAAUCAAAGCAUGUGUGAAGACCUACCACUAUCACUGCGGUCUGCAGGACAAAGCGAAGUACAUCGAAAACAUGGCGCGCGGCAUCUACAAACUCUACUGCAAGAACCACAGUGGGAACGAGGAGAGGGACGAGGAAGAUGAGGAACGGGAGAAUCGCAGCAGAGAGAGGGCAGCCAUCGACCACGGAGGAACGCCGUCGACGCAAGUGAAUGGCAACUAGGUUGUUCUGGUGGAUGUGACGUGGGGAGAAAUCUGAAGUACUCAAAGAGACGAGGGAGAGAUAUUUUUUUAUGCUAAAUCUCAGCCUACUCACCAAGUCGUGGUCAACGAGCUCCCUCGAGUCCCACACACGACUUCUUCCGGUAAACGGACGCGAUGUGCACCAGGCGUCUUCUUCUUGAAAUCCUGUUUUGAGUUGGCUGGAUGAGCUUUUCACUGACUGGGGGUACCGAGCGUAGCACAGGGGGGCGGGGGCUCCUGCAGGAUGGUGAAAAGCCACGGCUAAACUUUCGCACGAGUCCGUUGUGGACUCGUUCUCAAACACCUGUAUAAUUGCGGUGAAUAAGAGCUGAUCUUUUGAUUGUCACUCAGUGCCCAUGUCCCCACAGAUGAUCUGACCCACGCUUGCUGAAAACCGAUCCCUUCUUCCUCUUCCUUAGCUUCUGAAGGACUCACUUUUCAGAGGGGUCCGUUUCUUACUAGUCUCUCUAUGAAGUUGUGCCGUUUGAUUACCUUGUUUCCGUAAUCAUGUCUUAAGAAUACUCUUUUCAUGUUAGCCUUUCUUUCUUGAUAUGUAAUAUUUUGCUACUGUAUUAUUAUUAUCAUCAUCAUGAGCGUUUUUGAAUAUCUGGAUUUCGGACAGUCACUAUUACAAGUUUUGCCAGCAUGCACUUGGAGUAACCCACUGUUAAAGGUGGGAUUUUUUUUAUUUAGUUGCUAAGGGGCAACGUAGAGCUCUUUAGAAGAGUUGGCUUGACUUUGUUUGAUGUACUGUCACUUGUAUCUCUACAAAUGUAUCCUUGAAUGAUUGGAAAUAGAAAAUAUUUUAUUUUACACA